UAAGGUGCUUAAAGGGACACUGACCUAUCCUAUAGGAAGAGAUGAAGUGACUUUUUUUUAAUAAAGAAUGUUGACUGGUGUUCCACAAUUGGUGUUAGUCACAAAGAUGAAAAAAGCCCUAUAAAUAUUUAUUGUAGCUGCAAACCAAAGAAUAGUGUUCCAGUAUAGAAUGUAAAAGUUCAUCCAUGAGCUCGGAUUUUCCACAUUACAACUUCAGGAUGCCUAAUAUUGGAUUCCAGAAUCUGCCUCUCAACAUAUAUAUUGUGGUUUUUGGAACUGCUAUAUUUGUCUUCAUCCUUAGUUUACUCUUCUGUUGCUACUUGAUUAGGCUAAGACAUCAAGCACACAAAGAAUUUUAUGCCUACAAACAGGUUAUAUUAAAAGAGAAAGUAAAAGAACUGAAUUUACAUGAGCUCUGUGCAGUGUGUCUAGAAGACUUCAAGCCUCGAGAUGAGUUGGGAAUUUGUCCAUGUAAGCAUGCCUUCCACAGAAAGUGCCUUAUUAAGUGGCUGGAGGUUCGGAAAGUGUGUCCACUGUGCAACAUGCCAGUUCUGCAGCUGGCCCAGUUGCACAGUAAGCAGGACCAUGGACCCCCACAGGGGCCCCUGCCCGGGGCAGAGAACAUUGUAUAACUCACCACAAGAAUCAAACUGUUGCAGGAUCCCACGUCCGCACGGAGGCAGGAGGAACACAAGUGCUCCCUGUGUUGGCAGCUCCACCUGGGUACCAGCUGCCACUCCCUUUGCCUCAUGAAGCACUCUUGGGCCAACGAAGCUGAGAACCCAGAAUUCUGGGGGUUUUUUGACAACCAAAGCACGCUGACACUACCCCAUGUCGAGAGAAAAGAAGUUGAAUGAGCCUGUGGGUUUGGUUCAAGAAACUUCAUGAGUCUCUUGCUGACUCAAUUACAUGCUGUCUCCUAGACACUUAUCUCCAUGUAAGGUGACUCUUUCUCACGCAGAAGGGAAGAUACACACAAGUGUUAGAGAAGGGAAUUGAGGGCUGGUCUUUAAAGCCACCAACCCCCCACCCUGCAGACAGAUGAGCUUCUAUGCAGACUGUGCAUGCCUUAGCAGCAGCAGACCUUCCCGGCAGCCCCUGAGCCAAGUAAAACCAGCGGUUACCUCAGCCGAAGCACGACCAGUUGCCUGGUUGGUGAGACAGUGCCAACAAGGCUUUUCACCUUUCGUUCCUUUGAUAAGGCCAUCUUGGAACCCAAGGGCUUUGGUUACAGUGCCCGCCAUCACUUCUCCCUCAGUUCCACAACACCUGCUUAUCAAAUUAUCCAAGCGAAGAACAUUAGGUGUGCUUAGAAAGGCCUGGUCAGAAGCCAUUUCCUCUACUCCCAACCCCCCUCUGCCCUCACCAGUGAGGCAUGGCCAAGCUGCCCAUCAGGAGCCCCAGCAGAGGGUGGGCCUCUGAGCCCAUGCUGUCCCUGUGUGCCCCAGGGGGCCUCAGAGUGCUGCCCAGGUUCCCCCCUGUGAAGUGACUCCA